AUACAGCAGUGUGCACCGGUAAUAUUGAAUUUGAGAUUGUCUUUGAAUUCUGACCAAUCUUUUGAGUGGAACUUAAAAUAUAAAGUUCAAUUAAUUAAAAUUAAAAUCGCUAGCCGACACCUAUCGGUUCGCAGGGCUUCUGCCUGCAGCUGCCCACGAUUGCGCAUAACAGCACGCUGUUAAAGCACGAGAGCCAUCCCAAGAGUCCAGAGUUGCCAUACCGCGCCGCUAACAUAGUAAAAUAUACGAAUAAAAUACACACUUGGAAAAGAGAGAAAAAUUAGGGCCACUGGGAAGGCUGAAAGUCGCACACUUGGCAAGCUAAACGAAUCGACUGCAAACGCGACCCCACAGUUCGCAAACGGUAAACACGCGACAGGACAAAUGGCGGAAAACGGAAUGCGUGUGCCAGGGUCAUCCGCCGUAGUGGUGGCGGCGGCGGCGGCGGCUUCCUCGGCGCCCGGAGCUGUGGCGACGAGCAGCAGCGGCACCAGCAACGGGGAGCACGAGACCGAACACAACGCCAAUGCGGAUGGCGAGAGGGGCCAGCCCGCGCCGGCGGUCCAGAAGUACAUGCAGGAGCUCAUGACGGAGAGGUCGCGCAUGGAGAACCACUUUCCUCUGGCGGUGAAGCUGAUUGACGAAGCCCUAGAGCGGGUGCAGCUGAACGGACGCAUCCCCACGAGAGACCAGUACGCCGACGUCUACCAGCAGCGUACUAUCAAGCUAUCGCAGAAGGUGCACGUGCCCAUCAAGGACAAGAAGUUCAACUAUGUCGGCAAGCUGCUGGGCCCCAAGGGCAACUCGCUGCGCCGCCUCCAGGAGGAGACGCAGUGUAAGAUCGUCAUACUCGGCCGCUUCUCGAUGAAGGACCGUGCCCGCGAGGAGGAGCUGCGCAAUUCUGCAGACGCCAAAUACGCCCACCUGAAUCUUCCGCUGCAUGUCGAGGUGUCCACCAUUGCACCGCCAGCCGAAGCGUAUGCUCGAGUGGCCUACGCCCUGGCUGAGAUCCGGCGCUACCUCACGCCGGACAAGCACGACGAUAUCCGCCAGGAGCAGUACAGGGAGCUCAUGGAGGACCCGGAGGCGGCCAAGAAACUAACGCUCCGUCAGCUGCAGCAGCAGUCGAAUGCCGCUGCCAGCGCUGGUGGCGGCGGUGGCGUCGGAGGAGGUGGUGGCGGUAAUGUUGGUGGUGGGAAUGGAGGAAAUGGAGGAGCGGCUGGAUCCGGAGGCAACAAUGGCAAUGCCAACCAGCGCUCCGGCGGCAACUACAGACAAAAGUUUCAGCAACAAUCGCACUAUCGCCACAACGAGGAGACUGUCUACUUUCGCUCACACAACAACGCCUACCACCAGCCAAAACCCUAUGUGCCAGCCGCCCAGCGGGGCAAUGCCAUGCACACCACCUUGCCACCGCAGGCCAUUGUGCGGGCCUCGCCACCCGGAAUGGUUGUCAGUGCGGCCAGUUUUAAUGGACGGAAUGCCGGGAUGGGCAAUGCCGGCGGUGGGAUCAUGGCCAACAGCAUUGUGGCCACAACUGGUGGUGGCAUCGGCGGAGCAGUGCCGCCCAACAUGCGCUACCGUCCCGCUGCCCCCUAUCAGUUUGUCAAGAAAUAAUACAGAUGGGAGGAUGUACCGCCCGCUGCCGUUCGCUGUUUGUUCAACUAUUCCUCACCGCCAUUAAUGUCACAUCCGGAAGGAUUCACGUUCAUCCGUCACACCCACAGCAGGCCCGGCCCUAGCCCCAGCCCCGCCCGCAUCCACAUCCACCCACACCAUACACUGCUCCAAAGGUAGAUGUAGCCACUAUGAGAACAUUGGAAACUUGUCAUGCAUUGAUUUCACCAGGAUUUCGGCAGAGAGGAAACCGAAAACGAAACGAAUGAGUAAAUGUAUGUUUAAGAAACUAGCCUAAGUAGACGAAUGCUCUGAGGAACAGACGAACACCUCAACCUCUCAACAAGAACAACAACACCACCACCACCACUACAAUUACCCAAACCACAAGACCCCCCUAGCCCACCACACACGCGCACACAUGCAAGCACUCCUCAAGAAUUGGGUUUGGAAAGCCGAGGCGAGGAUCUGAGAACCUGGGAACUUUAGAAUCUGAGUGUGUUGAGCUCUGCGAGCAUUUGGAAGAAAAUAGAAAGGAAAAUGAGAAGAGGAAAAAUCGGGGAAAUCGAAUUCAGGGAUGGUCCCAGUCAAUCCAGAUGUCCUUGUUUUGUUUUAUCGUAUUUUAUUACAUUAUUAACACUAUUAUUUUACGUUUCAUUGACUUUUAAUUUAUAUCAAAGAAUAUAUAUAUCUCUUUUUAUGUAAACACCCAUACGUACAUACGUAUCCCCCGCCCGCCGCAGCAGCAGUCGCUUAAUCCUUUUGCAUUCUUUAUCUUCCGCUUUCCCCAGUUUUAAGUUUAGUCCUUCCCAUUUUUGUUUUGAAUGCAUUUUUCAUACACAUAUAUUAUGUUUACGUUUUUUGACGAGGCUUUUUUUUAUUUUUAUUACGUUGUUACGUUGCCUGGACAAAGAAACAAACUACAGAUGAAUAUUGAUAUAAAAUAUAUAUAUAAACACAAGUAUAUGUAAAAGCGGUAUGAUUUAUAUUACACAUAGUGCGUAUAUGCAUAUGCAACACACCCACACGAUCACACACGCGUACGUACAUAUAUUCAAGCAUGAGCAUAUUCACUUAAAAAACAAAACAAAACCUUAAACCAAAAUGAACAUUAGAGACGCAAAAGAGAAUCUACAAAACAUACAUAUAUCGAUUUUCGAUUUAUAAUAUUAAUGGACAAAGCAACAUCUAUAGUCCGGACAAAGAAUAAUAAGCAAACACAUACAUACAUACAUACAUAAUUGUUAUUGUUGUUGAAAGCAACUAAAAUUGUAAUAGAAAUUAUGCAAAUAUACAUACGAAUAUGACGACAAAUGUUAA